AACGACUUGGCAAGGACGAGCGCCCGCCAUGGAAAGAUCAAAUGUCCACUCUGCCAGAUUGAAGUGGCUGUUUCUGAGAGUGGCAGCAUGGAAACUCUGCCAGACUGCUUUUACUUGAAAAAUGUGCUCGAUAUUUUGGCAAUAAAAGAAUGUAACACAUCAAAAGUGACUUGUGGAAACUGUGGUCAGAAAAGCGAAGAUGCAAGUUAUUGUUUUAACUGUGGCAAGUUUUGGUGCAAAGAUUGUAUAAACGCGCACAACAUCUUGAGGGAAAACAAAGAACAUCGUGUUCUGGCGCUCACAGAUUUUCAAGAAAAAGACUUCCAGGAUGUUCUCAAGCGUCCGGCAUUUUGCCGGAAAGAGCUUCACGAGAAAGGAGUGUUGAAGUUUUACUGCAAAGAGUGUGAAGUUCCCGCUUGCCAGACUUGCGUAACUUUGGAGCAUAACAGACAUGAGGUAGAACAUUUGGAAAUAGCUACAAGAGCGGUGAAGGACAGCCUCGCGACUCAACUUGAGACUACAAAGAAAUCAUGCCAGACAAUGUCCAUUCACAUUCGAGAACUGGAGGAACAGACCCGCAUUACUGAACAUCGCUCACAAAUUGUGAAGGAUCAAAUACAGCAAACUGUUCAUACAAUGAUCUCGACUCUACAGCAACAAGAACGAAAGUUAGUAAUGGAAGUGGAAAACCAGACAAAGGAAGCAAUUGAAAUGUUCGCGAAGGACAAAGCUAAGUUUCAGGAUCAACUAAAACAGAGAGAAAAAGUCAUCACACAGGUUGAGCGCCAGCUUGAACGCAGUAGUGGUGCAGAACUUGUGCGAGGAAAAUCGAGUUUGAAUGACUUAUUUCGAGAACUUCCGCCCACACCAGCUGUCCUCGCCUCAUCGUGUGAAGGGAGAAGUCUGGCCACUGUGUUUUUACAAAACCGAGCAUUGCUUCAUAGUCUUCAAACUUCAGGCAUUGGACGCCUUGAUAGAACUGCAGUACAAGCGAUUCACUGUACUGUUGAACUAAUAAAUGAAGCCAUUGCCGGGCUGGAAACACGGCUGGAGUUGAUCACUCGACGUUUGGAUGAAGAACAAUGUUAUUUCACCAAUUUUUCCACGGACAUUGUUAUUGUCAAGGUCGCGUCUGCUCUUGGUCAGUGGGGAAGAUGGAACAAGCGGACGAGCGACAAAUGGGGAGAGAAAAGGAGACACCGCUGGUCUCCCGCCCGCUUCGCUGAGCAAGAGCCUGGCAAAGGCUAUUUUUCCAGGAUGGAUAUCCCAACUCUGAUGCCCAACCUAAAGGAAGAAGUAACUUGCUCUGUUUGUAUUCACUUGUACGAAGAACCCAAACAGCUGCCAUGUUUACACAUUUUCUGCCUUGAAUGCUUGAACGACUUGGCAAGGACGAGCGCCCGCCAUGGAAAGAUCAAAUGUCCACUCUGCCAAAUUGAAGUGGCUGUUCCCGAGAGUGGCAGCAUGGAAACUCUGCCAGACUGUUUCUACUUGAAAAAUCUGCUCGAUAUUUUGGCAAUCAAAGAAUGUAACACAUCAAAAGUCACUUGUGGAAACUGUGAUCAGAAAAGCGAAGAUACAAGUUAUUGUUUUAACUGUGGCAAGUUUUGGUGCAAAGAUUGUAUAAACGCGCACAACAUCUUGAGAGAAAACAAAGAACAUCGUGUUCUGGCGCUCAAAGAUUUUCAAGAAGAAGACUUCAAGGAUAUUCUCAAGCGACCAGCUUUUUGCCGGAAAGAGCUUCACGAGAAAGGAGUGUUGAAGUUUUACUGCAAAGAGUGUGAAGUUCCCGCUUGUCAUACUUGCGUGACUUUGGAGCAUAACAGACAUCAGGUGGAACAUUUGGAAAAAGCAACAAGAGCGGUAAAGGAUAACAUCGCUACUCAAAUUGAUACUACAAAGAAAUCAUGCCAGACAAUGUCCAUUUACAUUCGAGAACUGGAGGAACAGACCCGCAUUACUGAACAUCGCUCACAAAUUAUUAAAGAACAAAUACAACAAACUGUGGAAACAAUGAUCUCGACUCUAAAGCAACAAGAACGAAAAUUACUGGCAGAAGUGGAUAACCAGACAAAAGAAGUACUCGAAAAGUUCGAGAACGACAAAGCUAAGAUUCAGGAUCAACUAAAACAGAGAGAAAAGAUCAUCACACGGAUUGAGCGCCUGCUUGAACGCUGUAGUGGUGCAGAAAUUGUGCGAGCAAAAUCGAGUUUGAAUGAGUUAUUUCGAGAACUUCCGCCUACACCAAAUGUUCUCCCCUCGUCGUGUGAGGCCACUGUGUUUUUGGAAAACCAAGCAUUGCUUCAUAGUCUUCAAACUUCAGGCAUUGGACGCCUUGAUAAAACUGCAGUACAAGCGAUUCACUGUACUGUUGAACUAACAAAUAAAGCUAUUGCCGGGCUGGAAACACGAUUUGAGUUGAUCACUCGACGUUUGGAUGAAGAACAAUGCUAUUUCACCUAUUUCCCCGCGGACAGUGUUACCGUCAAGGUCGCGCCUGUACGAAAUGGAACAUUAGCCGGCGACGUGCAAAUUAAGGACAGAAGUAAUGGCAGAUACAAAGUGUCUUGUGUUCCAAAACAAACAGGAGAACACCAGAUUACAGCGGUCGUGAAUGGACAGGAAUUCAGCGAGUUUCCAAAAAUUACUGUCACUAAACGUUCCUUCAAGCCUGUUGGUUGCCUUGCGCUAGGAAGUAUUGACAACGUUAGCUUGUAUCAUCCGUGGGGUUUAGCUACGAAUAACUCGAAUGAAAUCUUGUUAAGUGAUAUGGGUAACAACAGAAUUUUAGUCUUGAAUGAGAAAGGGGAGUUUAUCAGGAAUUUUGGACAGCAGGUUAGUUACCCAACUGGAUUAAUAUGUGAUAACAGUGGUAGGAUUUUUGUUACUAACAGGGGUAAUGACAGAAUAUUGAUUUUUAAUCAAAAUGGAGAAUAUGUUUCAACUUUGAACAAACCCGGAUCACUUAUCGAACCCCGGGGGAUAUCUCUAGAUUCUGAAGGAAAUAUUAUUGUCUGUGAUGCUGGAGAUAAAUGUGUCAAGAUUUUUUCUCCAAGCGGCAACAUCCUCAAAACAAUAGGGAAAGGUCGGUUGUCUCACAGUCGACCAUUGGGAUGUUUGUGUUAUGACGGUAAAAUCUUUGUGUCCGAUUCUGAAAUACAUGUUAUCAAGGUUUACAAUAGCAAAGGAAAAUUUUUGUAUGAAUUUGGAAAAUAUGGGACCAAAGAUGGGGAUUUAAAUCAGCCAGUUUGUCUUGCAGUGGACAAAACAGGGCACCUCCUGGUUUGUUGUGCAGGAAGUCACACAGUACAGGUUUUCACGGUAGACGGAAAAUUUGUCACCAAGUUUGGUGAAUAUGGAAAAGAGUUGGGUCAGUUUUUCAAGCCUUCUUCCGCAUUAGUACUCAAAAGCGGUUGUAUUGUUGUUUGCGAGUUUGGAAAUAACCGCUUACAAAUGUUUGAGUAGCUUUAGGUAGACGUUAUCUUUAAACACUCUGAAGAACAAAUUCCACAAACUUUAGAACUUUUGUAACACAAAAAUGUAUCGGAUUUCCGCCGGGGGUGUCAAAAAUAACUGUACAUAACGAUAACAAGUAAUACAAGCUGCAAUGAGCCAAUUAAAAACUAUCAUAUAAUGCGCACGUUCCGAGAGCCGAAAGAAAAGAAGGAUAAAUUCCAAAAAUUACUCGUCAAUAGGGGUCGAAUCGGGCCUGAUCGAGGCAGAUUGAAUUCUGAUUCGUAAAAUUAACGGAAUGUAAAAAUGUAUCCUGUCUAUUUGAUUUAGCAUUACGCUUGUAUUACACUUGUUUGGCAGUGGAUUUCUGCGCACUAAACAAUUAACACGAGGCAGCUCAGGCUGGGGCCUUAGAUUAUGUGGUUGGGCAUUCUAACCGUCAAAUGGGUAAUGCUAUGUAAAUAUUGUCGAAAUAUAGCUCACAAAUACGCAACUUUGAUGUUAUUUUCUGUUAGAAUAAGGCAAGAUCUUUGCAAUAAAGUGAAUUUUACCUGUGAUUUUGGAACCGCUUUGAAGAUUUAACACUUAGAUGUCUUAGAUUUGGAGGAAUCUUUCAAGCGAAACAAAUUUCUGCAAAGUGCGUUUUCCUAAUUUUUAAUUGAUUUACCUUUUCGUCAAAUUGUUCCACAUUCCACCGUAUGAAAGCUCAAACGGAGCUAAUGUAAUUGACAAUGAGGCAGCCAAGGUUGACGAGGUGGCAGCAUUACACAAGAACCAAUCAGAGCGUGAAAUUUGGUGUAUGACGUUAUCAUGUCAUCAAACGCAGUAGUUUGUUUAUCCGUUCCUAGUACUGGAACCUGGAACGGAUUGGAGCGGUGGAACGCCGGAAUACUAAAACUCGGAACACAAAAUUACUGAACCAGGAACGCAUAAAAAAAUGCUAAACGCCGGAAACCGGGAACAAAAUUUCUAAACCCAGGAACACAUAAGAACACAUAAGAAACCCUAACGCCGUACAUCCGGGAAUACAAAAACACAUGCUCCAAGCAGGUGAAAUUGGUAAUGUUUUCCCGCCAAAUUAUAAUUAUGAUAAUGUAUCUACUGUACUCAGGCGUGCUUUCAUUCCCGAGAGGGACUCCCAUAUGAAAAGGAACAUUCGAAUUAAACCGUCGGAACAUUCGAAUUAAACCCCUGAAGGAGACCAGUCUGGGUGUGGCUCGAGGUUUAUUUGACCCCUAAAAGAUACCACUUAAAACCGAAUAGGCUCGAUUACCAGCCGCUGAUCAGGAAAGGAGCACACGCUAGUAUACUGAAUUUGAGAGACCGGCGGAAAUCGAGCUUAAAAAUAGAAAUAAGAGCGUUUCUUUUAUUAUUUCUUC